AGGCGCUCCUCGCCCGGCCUUGCGAUUGGUUGAGCAGCACGGCCCCGCCUCUUCGUUGUUAUUUAAAAGCUUCGCCGUCCGUUAAGUUUUUAUUCUGCCCCUCAUCUUUUACGUAUUUUAAAAGCGAGGAACCAAGUGGUACUGGACUACAGAAGUAAGCCGGGCCGUGUCAGUUUCUUCCUUCUCCUCAGUGCCGAAUGGCCUGCGAGUUAUUCUGUGGCGGUGGUGCAAAGGGCACUCUGCACAUGCUCAGGAGCACAGGCCGUGGCUUAAAUGUAAAAAACAAAAAACUCUUUAUUCUGCCGCGCGGCGCACGCCCUCCCUCCCCACUUCAGUUCCUCAGGCACGUUCCCCUCAGCGUUGCGAUCACAGUGCCAGCGAGAGGGCAGGAGGCCCACUCUUCCGCACUGCGCAUGCUCCAAACACUUGCGCAGUAAGCACCCUGAAGCCUUUCCCAGACGCCCGUUGAACCUCUUACCCACACUUUCCGUCUCAGCUAGGGACGCUGUCCAGCUUCGCUCUCCCUAUUCGGCUCCAUGGCAACGGCAAACACCUCAUUUCCCCCCUCCCACCCCUCUUUCCUCUCUCCGCCUAUCCGCGAACGCCGAACCUCUCGCGCCUCACGUCACAUCGCACUAGGCUCCGGCGGGACGCUAAACCCCGCCCGCCGCCGCUUCCCAUUGGCCCGAGCGCCAUAGCACCAUCUCGUCUUAGCGCGGCGGAUUGGCCAAGAGGGGCUGGGCCGUGGAAAGCGCGAGGCGAAGGCAGGAGUUGAGCCGGCAGCCGGCUAUUAGCAUAACCCCGCCCUCUUCUCUCGUGGCCUCGCUCCCGCCUGCCUCCGCUCUCCUCACCUGCUCAGAGCAUCCUUGGUCGCCAAGCGAGCCUUUUGCACGGCGAGGGCGGAGGCGAGCGGCCGUGAGGAGACGAUGGCAGAGAAGAUAAGCGAGCCAUUUCCUUGAGGUGGUGGAGGAGGAGAGGCCAUCAAACAGGACCAACAGCCCAGGUCUCUUUCCCGGAGGAGCUUGGGGCUGAGGGCGGCACAGCUCCGCCAUCCGCGGAUCUAGGAGGAGGCGAAAGGAACGAGCCCUUUUCCUGUCAGAAAAAUCCUGUCAGGGUCGCUGAGGGAAAGAGAAGCAGCCCUCGCAUUUUUUAAUAUUUUUUUUAAAGAACCCCCCGGUUUUCAUGUAUGUAUGCGUUUCAGUUCUUCAUUCUUGUGAAUUAAAUUUCCACACCUUUAUCAAGGAUGGCAUGCUCUCCUGCCAACCAGGUGUGCGAGCUGCAAAGCCCACCAGCCACUUUGGCAGGGAUGGCGGUGGCUGGCACGCGCUCUCUUUAGUAACUUUUUGGGUUUUGUUCACAGGUGAAGCGAGAAUCGCUUACGAAGGAGCAGGAGGGAAAGGAGCACAGGACCCAGAGAUACACUUCCGAUUCCCUUGUUGGAUUGUGACAUUUUGCAUUUUUAAAACACACGCAAUACCUUCCCGGGUAUUUGUUUGUUUGUUUGUUUAGGUAUUCCUGCUGACUGAAGGGUCAAGAGCCUUAAAAUACGUGUCCUGGCAGAAACCAGCAGAUGGCUGAAGAAAUUUAAAUGAACAAUGCAAUUUCUAGGAACAUGUUGACCCUAGAAAUAGCGGGUGGCGAUAGGUGGAGCUGCAAAUCCACUAUGUUUUCCUGCCUGGUGCCUAAGCCGAGGAACUGCUUUUUGUGACCACAGAGGUUUUGUAUUAAAUUUCUUGGCAUUUUUCUUUUUUACCUUUUUGGAUUUGUAGUACAGUUUUUUAAUUCUCCUCCUUUGGUUUGAAAUGAGGAUCUUUGUAAUUUCGUAACGCAAUUUGUACGGGGUGUGUGUAGCCCUGUUCAAGGAACUUUAUUCAGAAUCAAACUUGAAAAGGGGGGAAUCCAGCAGUGAUUGUGAGAGAGCACACCCUUCUUCCACAAUGUGGACUUUUCUGGGCAUUGCCUCUUUCAUCUAUGUCUAUAAGAAAUGUGGAGAUUUGCUGAAUUAUGCCAACAAGGAGGUCCUGAUUUCCAUGCUGGUGUUCUUUAUUGGUUUGCUGCUGUCCUAUCGGUACCGGACAUGGGGACUAAAGCAACAGAAGCACAGGCAACCCCAUUGUGGAAUGCUCUCUAAUUUUCUUGCCGCUGUGCCUCUCCUUGGUUUUUUCUGGACUAAAUUCCACGCAGGCUCUCCAAAGGUGUUGAAACCGAAAUCCAAAGAGGUAUGUUGGCUCUUAGCAUGACAACCCAGGACUGAGAUCUCUUUCCUAUGUUUUAAAACAAUCAUCUUGCACCUUUCAGAGAAAUUUGUUUUUAAUACUGGGGAUUUCUGAAGGGGGAAUUUCUUUUUGAAAAUCAGAUUGCAGGUUUGUGUUCCUGAAUGGUGAUGGAAAUCUACUUAAGCCAGCACUUCCCAAACUGGGGGAGAGGGAUCUAGAACGUUCAGUUUUUGGGAAAUUGCAACAGCUUCCAUCGGUUUUGUAUUCAAUCAAGCUCAACACUCAGAACUAUGUAGCUUGAUAAGAGAUUUUAAUAACAGUUAUUUGAAAUUCUCAAACAUUAGCUCCUUUGUAAUACAUUCCUAGGAUUUCAGAUUCCCCUUCCCCUCGUAGCUUUCUAGGGAGAGGGUAUCUGUCCUAUAUCUAGCAUAUGUAGGUAAGAAACAACAUCCUUCCUUGCCAUUUUGAGGAGCACAUAAUGUAAAUGAACUACAAGUGCAAUUCUGUGCAUGGUUUCUUGGCACUAUGGUAAUUCCUACUGUGUUCAAUGGGAUUUGGUAUGUUAAUGAUUGUAGCCAAUUCAUUGAGGUCAUCCAGGAGUGGUCCAGGAAGAUACUGUGGCCAUCCGUAUCAAAGGUCGCUGAGAGAUCCAGGGGAAUCAGCAAGUUCUCAUUCCUCCAUUCCUUUCCUAAAGAAGAUAAUCCACCGGGGCACCCAAGGCUGAUUCUGUCACAGAACCUGAACUUGUACUGGAAUGAGUGAAGAUAAUCAGUUUCAUCCAAGAGCAUUAUAUGUAGCUCACGUUCCUCUAUGUAUAUAUCAUGUACAGAAUUCUCUCCCUCAAUAUGCUGUGCUUUUGUGACAUUUGUCAGCCCAAGUCCUUGAAGUAAAUGGUAAUCACAAUAGCCUAAAAUGCAUUUGUUUUGCUUUGCUUAUGGCUUCAUCUUUACGCAGGAUAGAAGGGAAGUUGGUACCUCACCUGAGAGCACAAUUGAGACAACUACGGGUUCAAAUCUCAACCCUCCGUGUGAUCCCGAAGUUAUCAUUGUGGGAUCCGGUGUGCUUGGCUCUGCUUUGGCAGCAGUACUGGCAAGGGAUGGAAGAAAAGUGACAGUAAUUGAGAGGGAUCUGAAGGAACCUGACAGGAUAGUUGGAGAACUGCUGCAACCAGGGGGAUAUAAUGCUCUGAAAGACCUGGGCCUGGGAGGUAUGUUAGCAAAUCACAAAUCCUGCCUCAUUGUUCUGAUGUGCUUGUUGCCCCACUUUGUUUAUUUAAUUUGCUGGGUAGCCUGAUCCUUGCCUUCCAUCUAUGCCUUUUAUAAUAUCAUAAUACCAAAAAAAACCUCUCUAUAUAUGUUGGCCUAUAGGCUGAAAUUAGAAUCUAGCCUCUCCUUGAUUUGGGGUGACUUCUGACAGGAGUGGGGGUGCACGAGUUUCCAUUUCUUUCCACAUUACAAAAUUCUUCUGUCACUAUUGUUUAAUUCUGUCAGUAAUGUACAUGAGACCUAUGAAACUGAAUGAAGCCAUAUAUGAUUCAUAUACGACCUACCAGGGACUCGGUAAACCCCUUGUUUUUGCUGCUUAUCAGGGACUGUAGAAAACAGGGUAGUUGUUGAACAUCUAGAAGGACAUAAUACAUGGUUUAUUGGCUGAAUUCAGCUUAAAUUCUUAGAUUCUAAGAUUCUGAAGAAUGUUCAAAAUAUCUUUUCAUGGUUGUGGAGAAUUUCCAUUGCAUAUUCCUAGUGCGUAUAACAUAAUAAAUGCUUGAUCUAAAUGUAUGUUCUUGAGGCAACUUGAUAUAUAUCCUUCUCAUAUACUGCCCUCAACUGCACUUUCCCUAAUGUAUUGACAUUUAUUUUGCAGAGGUUGUGGAAGGGAUUGAUGCUCACGCGAUAAACGGCUAUGUACUUCAUGACCUAGAAAGUAAAUCAGAAGUUGAAAUUCCUUUCCCUGCCAAAACGGAUGGCCAGAUACAGAGUGGAAUAGCGUUUCAUCAUGGGCGUUUCAUCAUGGGUCUCCGAAGGACAGCCAUGGCAGAACCCAAGUAAGAAUGGCAACUUAAAAUAAUAAGGCAUCUACUGAAUGAGCAGUUCUAGGCCUGACUGAUGUACUAAGUGCAUCCUUCCAUCUUGUUGAAUUUAUUUUUUAUUUUUUGUUUAUUUUGUUUUUCCUUUUAUAUCACUUGAAUAACACCUUUGUGGUCUGAUAUCAACUGGAAGUAGCAUCCCAGCCAUCAGCAGUGCAUUGGUGCUUAUACAGUCAUGCGAGUAAUUCCUCAAAUCAACUCAGCCACAGACAUGUUUUACUGCACCACCCAAACAGGCAUGCUUACCUUUAGUCAUUUUGGGCACUUGAAAGAAAAUAAACUGGAACUUCCACUUGAGGUCAGAUAGGCACCCUCCCUACUCAACUUCCAGCACCUACCGAAUAAUUAAAAAUAAUAAUAUCACAGCAAGCAUUUUGAUUAAAAAUUAAAGCCAUGUUUUCCAGUUCUCACUUUCCAGCCAAUUGCAAGCUAUGGUUUAUCAAUUCAGACAAUAUUCUAAAUCAGGAAUGGGGAACCUAUUGUCUUCCAGGUAUUGCUGGACUACAAUUCCUAUCAGCCCCAGUCAGGAUGACCAGUAUUUAGAGGUUAUAAGAGAACAACAGGCAGGGCCAGAGUUGCCUGCUCCUAUUCUAAACCAUGGUUAAGCUUCCUUUGAAGUCUGAAUUGCUUAGAAAACUACUAAGUCUAUUUAAUAGUGUUUCUAGUUUUUAAAAUUGAUUGUAACUAGCCCAGAGUCUGUUGAGUAACUGGGCAUCAGUAUAUUUAUGUAAGUAGAGGUGCAACUAGAUACCGUCUCUGGUUGUGCAAUAGCGACACCAGGAAACUGGAAACUGAGGUGUUUUCACUCCUUGAAGCAAAAUGAAAUAUACAUGUAUCCGAAUAGAAGUAUGGUUAGGUCACGUAGCUCCCUCCCACUUGAACGGAACUGCUGCUUGAAAGUUGCAUUUCCACUAAUUUGCAAAAUGUCCUGGUUUGAUUUUACUGUACCAUGGUCAAACUAUACAUGAUGUAUUCUUUGUUCUAAUUGCUAAUAGGAGCUGCAGGAAGUGAUUUAGGUCAGGGCUAUGGCAAGAGGAAAAGGGUUCAACUCUUUCCUCUGUAUUGACGCCCUGAUGCAGAUGACUCAUGGGGCUGCCAUUAGCUCUGUAUGAGAAUGUAUACAGGCUGUCUCAUGUUAUGCUUCUGUUUCCCUUUCAUGGCUCAUAGCUUUGGGUGGAUGGGAUGGAAUUUUGAUCAGGACCAUGGUGCAGAGUUAAAGAGUUAAUCCUCUUAUUUCCAUAUUUCAGCCCCAGUCUCAAUCCUCUCUGCAUCUGCUUUUUAGUGAAGAGAGAGAAAUUAGAAAUACAGCACAUGCAGCCCUAAAAAUAUCAGAUUAAAAACUCAUUUUAAAGUAAUCUUUCACCCUUAAAAUACAUUUAUGAGAAGGGAUAAACAUUGUGAUGAGUAUUCAGUUUUAUAUACCCCACCUACCUUCAUACCCACAGCACAUAUAUUGAAUCAUGAACUGUUCAAUCCUCUGGGUUGGCUAUUGGCAAGAUUUCCUGAGUCAGUAUUGCAGAAAGGAUCAGGAGAGAAUAUAUCAGAUCCUGUGGCUUGGUGGUGGCCAACCUUAUUGGCACGUGUGCUGCAUAACAAAUCCAUAGUAUGAAAUAAUGCAUUUCUAAUAGUCACUAUGACGGGACGCGGGUGGCGCUGUGGGUAAAACCUCAGUGCCUAGGACUUGCCGAUCGUAUGGUCGGCGGUUCAAAUCCCCGCGGCGGGGUGAGCUCCCGUCUUUCGGUCCCAGCUCCUGCCCACCUAGCAGUUCGAAAGCACCCCUAAGUGCAAGUCAAUAAAUAGGUACCGCUUUAUAGCGGGAAGGUAAACGGCGUUUCCGUGUGCUGCGCUGGUGCUGGCUCGCCAGAGCAGCUUUGUCACGCUGGCCACGUGACCCGGAAGUGUCUCCGGACAGCGCUGGCUCCCGGCCUCUUAAGUGAGAUGAGCGCACAACCCUAGAGUCGGACACGACUGGCCCGUACGGGCAGGGGUACUUUUACCUUUACCUUUAAUAGUCACUAUGCUAGAUAGCCACAGCCAUUCGUGUUUUAAUAACUUCCAUGCUGUAUUAUUGCAAUGCAUUCUGUGUGGGACUACUGUUGAGUAGAGUUCAGAGACUUCAUUUAGUUUAAACUGCCGCCGCCAGAUUCUUGCCUAGAGGAAGGUAGCUAGAACAUAACCAUGCCAGUUAUAUUCAGUCUGCACUGGCUAUGUAUUUGUUUCCAUGAUCAAUUGGUUGCUGAUUCUUGCCUUUUAAAGUUCUAAAUAGCUUGCCUAGAGAGGACUGACUUUUUCCAUCAUGUUUGUCCUACUUCUGAAGCUCUCUCCAGGUACCUCUUGCCAGCUGAAUAGGGCAGGGCUUUCUCAGUUGUGAUACCUGUCCUGUGGAAUGCCUUUCCUGGGCAGGCCUGCCUAACUCCAGCACUGAACAAAUUUUGACCUGAUGUGGGCUGCUAUAAUGUUUUUUCUUCUCUCCUCCUCAUGUAUUGAGACUUGAAUACCCCUUAGUUUGAUCUGCUGUUGCUUUAGUUUUAAUGAUAUGGUUGCUUAUUCUGCUAUUAAAUUUGUUUUUUAUUUUUAGUGUUAUAAUGUGAUUUUAUUUUCUAUCUUAGUCAGUUCUUGCUUUUUUUUGGAAGAAAAUUAAAGAAUGGUUUAAGGUAAACUAGGGCUUAUCAUUAACUGCGUCCCACAGCUCUCUCAUGGGGUGAUAUCCAAUUGGUUUAUAAGAAAAGUUUGGUUAAUUUCUUGCCAACUGCUCAUGCAAGCCACAGUCCUGGUUCAGACAACAUGGCAAAUCAUAGCAUGGCUUGUUUGAGCCAUGCAGGUUCCAUGCAGGCGAGAAGAAGCUGCAAGAGAUCUAUGAGGUAUGGGAGAAGCUUGUUCACAAUUGUACCAUGGUUUAAGGCAGGGGUCAGCAACCUUUUUCAGCCGUGGGCCGGUCCACCGUCCCUCAGUCCAUGUGGUGGGCCAGACUAUACUUUUUUUUGGCGGGGGGGGGGAAUGAAUGAAUUCCUAUGUCCCACAAAUAACCCAGAGAUGCAUUUUAAAUAAAAGGACACAUUCUACUCAUGUAAAAACACGCUGAUUCCUGGACCAUCUGUGUGCAGGAUUGAGAAGGUGAUUGGGCCACAUCCGGCCCCCGGGCCUUAGGUUGCCUGCCCCUGGUUUAAGGCCAUUGUUUAAAUACGGGUCUAUUUUCUCCCCAGGAGUAGGAAGACAACCUGUGCAGUUGGUUCUGUUCAGGGGAAUGGUUCUACCUAUUAAAGUUAGUAGUGUAUAUUUUAGAUGGAAAUGUGCUUAGCUUACUGUAUUAUGGAAUAUGAACCAUGGAUAUUGUGUGCAUUAAAACAAAUAAACAAACUGCUUUCUUCCAGUACAAAAUUCAUUGAAGGAACAGUGACUCAGCUGCUUGAAGAAGAUGAACGUGUUGUUGGAAUUUUGUUCAAAGAUAAAGAAACUGGUGCUACAAAGGUGAGGCUCAAUAGACAUAUAUAUUUUUACAGGAAAAUAUUCUAGGUUGUUUUGGUGCACAGUAAUCCUCUGUCAAAUUAAAGCAGGAAACAAUUAAGGUAACCCAACAGGUAAAUUAGCACAAUGAGCGUGGUUAAAAACACAGGGCCAAAUUAUAUGACAGUAUUAUUACUAUUUAUCUGUUUUCUGUUUUCAGUUCUCUCCUCCCAUGGCAUAAAUACAUAUCUAGUCUACAGACUACAAAGUAUAUUUACAGGAAAAUUAUGUUUUGUAGCAUUGCCCUUCAAAGUCAUAAGGUUAUUUCUUAAGGGCCAAAGCAGAAAGAAAAAAAACAUAGUCUGACUGCUGCCUCAAUAGAUAUAUGCUACGUGGGUGGCGCUGUCGUCAAAACCGCUGAGCCUCUUGGGCUUGCCGAUCAGAAGGUCGGCGGUUUGAAUCCCUGUGACGGAGUGAGCUCCCGUUGCUCUGUCCCAGAUCCUUCCAACCUAGCAGUUUGAAAGCAUGCCAGUGCAAGUAGAUAAAUAGGUACCACUGUGGCAGGAAGGUAAACACUGUUUCCGUGCGCUCUGGUUUCCAUCACGGUGUUGCGUUGUGCCAGAAGUGGUUUAGUCAUGCUCGCCACAUGAUCUGGAAAGCUGUCUGUGGACAAACGCCGGCUCCCUUGGCCUGAAAGCGAGAUGAGCGCUGCAACCCCAUAGUCGCCUUUGACUGGACUUAACCGUUCAGGGGUCCUUUACCUUUUUACCCUUAGAUAUACAGUAUGCUAAGGAUACCUAAAAGUUCAUAUCAUCUUCUAUACAUCAAAUCAAUCAUUGCAUUCUGCAGGAGAGGGUCUUCUGCAAAUACCACCCAGUCUGGUGGUCUGUUGCAUAUUAUUUCAGAAUCAGGCCUUUGGUAAGGCAACAAACACUAUCCUUUGGAACUCCCUCCCAUUGCAGAUCAGACAGGUGUCGUUUUCGGUGCCCGCUAGUGGUGUUCCUCUUUCAAAAAGCCUUCUAAAAUCUUUAUCCCAGUUGGCAUCUGUCCUGAAUUGAAAUUGAUUUUAUAUAUGUGCUGCUGUUCUAUUUUUUAUAUUUAUAACUGUUUUUUAGAUUGUUUUUAUAUAUGCAAUUGUUUUAACUGUGUGUGUGUGUGUGUGUGUGUGUGUGUGUUGUUGAUGUUAAGGAAGAGCAUCACAAGCUGCUGCUCAGAGAUAUGGUGCCAUUUCCUUUUGAGAACUCUGACAGACUUUCAAAUGAGAAUGAAACUUCUGUGAAUAUAGACUUGCUUAAGGGGUUACUGUACUAUAUGACACUAUUUAUCAUGUUUAUUGCUUUUUCUUUCAUCCUUUCCCAUUGCAGGAGCUCCGUGCACCCCUUACUGUUAUUGCUGAUGGUGUCUUUUCCAAGUUUAGAAAACAACUUAUCUCCAACAAAGUUAGAGUUCCAUCUCAUUUUGUGGGGUUAAUUUUGAAAGUAAGUGUUACUUUUUAAAAACAACAACAACUAAGCUUACAGUUAGUCUGCUUACCAUCUAUGGUGUGGUGGCAUUGUGGGCCAUCAUUGUAAACCAGGGUUGAAUCCUGGGUGUGGGGCUUCAGAUAACAUGGCCAGUGGGGAGGCACAGCUGCUUGCCUUGCUGGCCAGGGCUUCAGAUUCAAGCCUGCCUGCAGAAUCGACCAAUAGCAGGUGGGCUGGGAGGCAGGCCUUUCCCAGAGGGCAGGCCCAACGGAACACGUAGGCUUCCCUUGGGUGCACUGCUGGGAAAUCUAAAGCAGCCUGUCUCAACCCCAGCACCCAGUUCUUCUCCGGAUCUUCCACCCAAUUCCUUUGCAUAUUGUCUGCUCUUUUGGCGCUUGACCUUGCUGUGAACCUCAUUGGCUGCUGUAUUUGGGGCUGGGCACAGAUGCUUAAAGAGGAAAUGUUACAGUGAUCAAGGUGCAUAUUUCAAAGUUGUCCCAUUUAAAUUGCUAAUGUUGUCAUACUUCUGUCGUUAUUAAAUCCUGUCAUUAUCCAUCCAUAUUUCAUCCAUCUUCACAACAGCUUCUGAUGUUAGUUAUUGACCAUGACCAGAGAGUUGUAGUUUAGUAAGCCAGCGUAUAAAUAGCACUCAGCCACUUCACUUGACCCUUCACACAAGCAAGUGAGCAAGCUGGGAAGGAUUCAUUUAACUCUUGUUUCCUUCUCUGUCAGAAACAAGAAACUCUAGAUUAAUGCUUUUGGUACAAGCCAGGAUAUAAAGCCAAAAUCAGACCAUGGCCUCCACAGCCACGAGUGAUCGCCAAGAAGAAGAUUCUGUUAACUAUGGUUUCCCACUUUGUAUGGAACAAGAAAUGAUAGCUAACUGAAGACUUCCUUGUUUGUUUUCUGACUUGUGCAAAGGGAGAAAUUAGUUAAAUGUAAGAGGGCACCAGGAUCAUACAAGCUGAGGAAUGGUUGUCCAAAUGUGGUCACUGUUGCUAACAUUUUACAGAUUGGGAAAUGAGCAUCUGUACUAGUAGUUUGUUGAAAACUGGCCAGUGAAUUCAUGGCCAACCAGGGAUGUAUUGAUAAAUGUAAGUCGGAAGGCACUUUUAAUAACUUUUUCUCUUUCUUUCACUGUAAAGGAUUCACCUCAGUUUAAAGCCAACCAUUCUGAGAUUGUUCUGGGUAAUCCUAGUCCAGUACUUUUCUACCAGAUUUCUUCCAAUGAAACCAGAGUCCUUGUUGACAUUCGAGGUGAAAUGCCAAAGAACCUUAAAGAAUACAUGGUUGAACGGAUUUAUCCACAACUACCUGGUAAGCAUUAUGUGCACAGGUUGUCAAUACUGUGAAAGAAACCAUCUACUUAAGUGUUUGCAUCAACUCUCAUUUGAUGCAGAAUUGCCUCGUCAUUGAAGAAAUAAACUUUAAAUGUCUAAACUGUGAUUAACAUGCACUCAGAGUUGAAGCUUCAAGGAGCAUUAUCUUUUGCAAAUAUUCAUGUUUCUAGACUUGGUUGAAAGGUAGCUGUGACUGGGAGAGGAUGGUGGAAAAUAGCCCUUUGCAGUGUAAGUGCCUAUGUUGGUAGCCUUUUACAUCCUGUCCAUGGUCAAUGAUGGACUUGGAAUUGGGCAUGCCUGAAGUAUGCCUGAUUUCAUAGAGGCACAGGGGCAGAAUCUCAAGUUUCUUCGUCACUUACCCUCAGUGGUCACACAUUCACAAGGAUAAAUAGCUGGUGUAAAGCCACAUUUGACCAGUUCAUUGUUACGGUCAUGAGGGCAUCGCUAUCUUCCUCCUUAUAAUGACUUCCAGGAAAUCUUGCACAACAGCUUCCCCCAGGUGAUAUACUGGAAAUGUGGCAUUUUCCUAGUGUAGGUGUUGCUGGUGGGUGGCCUCAAGUUGUGCUGUCUCAGUUUGGGAGUUUCUUAGAGCACCUUUGGGUACCUGGAGCAGUGAGCCCCUGAGGGAAUGAGAGGGGAAUUGAGCAGGCUGUGGGACUAGCCAGAAAUGGUAAUUUGAAAAGUUGUAUGUUUGUGAAGAAAACUUGAAAGGCUGGUUUUGCUUUUUACAGCAAGGGUGUCUUCAGAACCAGGAAGAAUUUUUUUCUUGGGCAAGAGUCUGAUGGAGUUUCACCUUCACCUGUUAAAAAUGUCUUUGCUCUGUCAAUGGCAAACUGCAACUUUUUAGCUGUGGGUCUCUUUACCUGACCUGACUGUUUUGUACUGGGAAUAGAUUCCUGUACUUCAGUAUUGAGGCUGUUUGUUUCAAGUUGCCAGUGAAUAUCUGGGUUUCACAGAUGUGCUUUUGAACAACACCCCAUCAUUUCAGUCAGAUGUGUGCAGAAGAUAUUCCUGAUACACUACUACUACUACUACUACUACUAUUACUAUUACUACUGAUAAUAAUAAUAAUAAUAAAUCAGAUGUGGGGAAUAUUUGGCCAUUCAGAUGUUGCUGAACAGCAACUCCCAUCAUCUCAUAAUUGAUCUGGACACUAUACAGUCGUACCUUGGUUGUCAAACGGAAUUCAUUCCAGAAGUCUGUUUGACUUCCGAAAACGUUUGACAACCAAGGCGCAGCUUCUGAUUGGCUGCAGGAGCAUCCUGCACUGAAUUAGAAGCUGCAGAAGCCACGUCAGACGUUCAGGUUCCAAAGAACAUUCACAAACCGGAACACUCACUUCUGGGUUUGUGGCGUUCAGGAGCCAAAACGUUCGAGUCGCAAGGCAUUUGGGAUCCAAGGUAUGACUGUACUUCUAUCGUUGCAGCCUAGAAUAGCAUUAGGUUUUUUUGCUGCUGCAUCAUACUGUUGACUCAUGUUAAGCUUAUGGUCUGCUAAGACCCCUAGAUCCUUUUCACAUGUAUUGCUUGUUGCUCUCUGAUUCCUGCUCCACCCACAUCCUUAUUUAUCCAAAACAGUCUAGUUUUAACAAGCAUUUUGAGAUCUGCAAUACUUCACUUGUAUUUGGCAUUAGGACACCUUACACUUUCCAUAAUGUUUUCUCAUGUUGGUGCCAAUAAUUUUGAAAGAAAUCCCAACAGAUUGACUUCUAAGUGAUCCCCCACCCCCACCCCCAGAGUGGAUUUAUCUUUAGGUCUCCGGAGUUCUGCAGGAGAGCUAACAACUUGUCUCAGUUUUCUAAUCACUUUUGGGGGGACAGGUUGGAGCUAGGUAUUAAUGAUGUCUCUCUUCUGAAUCUUGAUGAAAAGAUUGAAUGUUCUGUAAAUGACUGAACUUUUGCAUUUUUUCUUUUUGCAGCGCACUUACAGGAGCCUUUCGUAAUAGCUGUGCAGAAUGAUCGCAUGAGGACCAUGCCAGCAAGCUUUCUGCCUCCGUCCCCUGUAAACAAAUCAGGUCUGUGAGCAGAAGAGUGAAUUGAAAGCUGAAAGGCUUAAGGGUCUGCCCAUCCAAGGGUGGGGGCGUGCCCAGUGGGGGUUUUGUUCCCCCUCGCUUUGAACAGCACAGAAUCCCAUCCACCAAUGCCGUAUCACCAAACUUCUUUGGAAAGACUUUUCCCUUUCAAAUAGGGUGCAAAACACAAGCCUAAACCUGUCAGGUGUGGGAUAGUUCUUUGGAUUUCAGCCUUUGAAAACAAAGGGGUUGUUCCUCAGACUUUAAGACAGAGGCGGUAAACCUCAAGCUCAGGGCUGAAUGCCCCUGCACCUGCCCCUCUAAGUGCUUAGUGCAAUCAUGCUUCUAUUUUCUAUACCUUCAGUGCCCAGAAACCCAGCAGGCACCAUUUGCUGGCACCUUCCAUGGUCCCUCGGCCCCAGGGAUUAGAGGGCAGGGUUGGAAUCUGUUUAGCAUUACGAUGAUGCCACUUCAUUCAGUAGAGCCAUGAAGCAAUCUAGAGAUUGCUAGGAAAGAUAGCAGCACCUGCCAACCCCAAAGUGUGCAAAAGUUUAGAAUGAAUGCCAGGAUCCUGCAUCUAUACAACAGUGGUUGAUUUUAGAGGUUGUUUCCUUCUUUUUUUACGUAGGAGUCCUCCUUCUGGGUGACGCUUACAACAUGAGGCACCCUCUAACAGGUGGAGGAAUGACUGUUGUUCUGAAUGACAUCAAGAUAUGGAGACACCUGCUGCAGGCCAUUCCAGACCUGUAUGAGGAUUCUGCUAUUCUGGAGGUAUUUUAUUCUUUUUCUUUUAUUACAUUCAUUAGUCACUUUAUUUUGCACAGGGCAACCCAAAGCAACUUAAAAGCAUGGGUAUGAUUCUGGCUUUUCCUUUUGGGGUGGGGGCUUUGGUUCAGGUAAGGGGUUGGGUUUUUUUUGCAACUUUAAGCUGCUGCCUGUUCUAGGUUAGAGAGAAUCUUGAGUUCCGAUCACCUGCACACCAAACUUUCAGGGUCAAGGGAGGACUGUGGUCACAACCCCACCAUGAAUUUAACUCGAGAGCCAGUGUGGUGUAGUGGUUAAGAGCGGUAGACUCCUAAUCUGGGGAACCGGGUUCGCGUCUCCACUCCUCCACAUGCAGCUGCUGGGUGACCUUGGGCCAGUCACACUUCUUUGAAGUCUCUCAGCCCCACUCACCCCACAGAGUGUUUGUUGUGGGGGAGGAAGGGAAAGGAGAAUGUUAGCCGCUUUGAGACUCCUUAAAGGGAGUGAAAGGCGGGAUAUCAAGUCCAAACUCUUCUUCUUCUUCUUCUUCUUCUCACGUAGCUUUCCCCAAAGAGUCCUGGGAACUAUAGUUUGUCAAGGCUUCUUGGAACUGUAGCUCUCUGAAGGGUAAACUGCAGUUCCCCAGGAUUCUUUAGGGAAAGCUAGCCUGGCUUAUAUUGUAACACUUGUUGGAUCCAGGAAUUAGAAGGAUCUUCCAUACAGCCUACAUCCUCCUUCCCCAAACUCAUGACAGUAUAAUGAUGGACUUAAUAGAAUUGAGAGGACAUUGGCAAACAGGUCUGAUAAGAUUCUUGCUCAGCUCACUGCUGCUUGUCACGUGUAACUUGUGAUCCAUGUUGUACUACAUGGAAACUUAUGCUGCAAUAAAUACUUAAGAUGCCAGAAAACUAUUUUGUUUCUGACAAAGUAUUCUGCUGGGAGAAGCCUGGUCCUGCUAUUCCUAUAAUUUCUGUUUAGAGAUGUGACAUUUCUGGACAUUUUGACACCAUGGUGGGCUUGUUUGUGAUGGGUGAUGAAAUAGGUGUCAUAGAAUUGUAGAGUUGGAAGGGACCCUGAGGACCAUCUAGUCUAGGGUUAGGUUUGUGAUGAGUGAUGAAAUAGGUGUCAUAGAAUUGUAGAGUUGGAAGGGACCCUGAGGACCAUCUAGUCUAGGGUUAGGUCUCCAGCUAUUUUCAGACAACAGGUCCCAUCAUCUCUGACCGCUGGCCUUGCUAGCUAGGGAUGAUGGGAGUUGUAGUCCAAAAACAGCUGGGGGCCCAAGUUUGGGAAACACUGAUCUAGUCCAACCCCCUGCAAUGCAGGAAUAUGCAGCCGUCCCACACAGGGACCGAGCCUGCAACCUUGGCGUUAACAGCACCACCCUCUAACCAACUGAGGUACCCAUAAAUCAUGUGCACCCUUUUAAGAAUGUGAAAUGCAUUAUGCAUUCUCUGUGGGGAAAUGCAAAAAGGGAGCAGGCCAUGCUUCCAUGGUAGAGCACUAACUAGCCUUUGCACAGAAAAGGUCUCAUGUUCUAUUUCUGUCAUCUCAGAUUGUUAGGUAGCAAGUGAUGGGACAGAAUUCUGCCCUGGAGAGCUUCCUUCAGUAAGAGCAGACUAGAAAUAAGCCGAAUGAUCUGACUCAAUAUAAAGCAGAUCCAUAGGUGUACUGAUAACAAUUUGCUGACAAGCUCUUGAGAUCCCUUCUCAUCAUGAGACCAUUCCUCUGUCAUUUGGUGGAGUAAGUGCCCCCAUCUUAAACCAUAUUGAAACUGGUAAACCCCAUUACGUAUGCAAUGUUAUGUUCCAUCCUGAUGCCAGCAAGUAACCUUACCUUACCUUUUGCAGGCAAAGAAGACAUUUUACUGGACAAGACGAAAGUCCCAUUCCUUUGUCGUGAACGUCCUUGCUCAGGCGCUUUAUGAAUUAUUUGCUGGAACAGAUGGUAAAUGCAUUCCCAAAAGAUACAAAGAAAGUUAAUUACACUUCAUAAAUCUAUUUUGCUCCAGUUUAAGUGAUGCAAGACCUGUUGACGUGAUGGAACACCUCCAUAUUACUUUAGCUGCACUGUGGCAAACUUAUACCUUGAUCAUUCAUCCAUCCAUCCAUCCACCCCUAAGGCAGGAGCACACUGUUUGAUAGCCAUGGGAUUGCUAUUGAAAACAAGCUUUUCUGCACUGCCAUUUCUCUUCUGAACAUGUGACAUUUAUUAUUAUUACUUACUAAAUUUGUGUACCGCCCUAUACCCAUAGAUCUCUGGGUGGUUCACAACAUAAAAUUGCAAUAUAAAAUACACAAAAUGCAUAAUAAAAAUAAGAACAGAAACAAGCCAAUAAUCCCCCCUCCCAUAAACCGUUUAAAAAGGCAUCAGAUGAAACAAGGAUGCAGAAAAGGGGAGGUAUGGGGAAGUCCGGAAAGUAAGGUUUAUGAAAAAAUGGUUAUGAAAUUGUACAUGUUUAUAUGUUUGUAUGUCGGUGUACUGUGUAUUGUUUGUUUGUUUUUUGUUUUCUUUAUUUUGUGCUUGGAAAAUUAAUAAAAAUUUAUUUAAAAAAAAAAAAAAAAGGCAUCAGAUGUCUGUCAGCCAAAGGUCUAGUUCAGGCAUAGGCAAACUCGGCCCUCCAACUGUUUUGGGAGUACAACUCCCAUGAUCCCUAGCUAACAGGACCAGUGGUCAGGGAUGAUGGGAAUUGUAGUCCCAAAACAUCUGGAGGGCCAAUUUUCACCUGGUGCCUAAAGGUGUAUUUAGAACAGGGAUGUCAGCAGCAUCCUUAUGGCAAUCUUAACAUGUAUUCUGUCCAUCUGACUUUCUCUAUCAGUACCUAAGUGGACUAUGGGACGUAAAAAAAAAAAAAGUCUACUGUCAGCAUUUCGUUGGAAAGCAAAUAAAUUAUAUUAAUAAAUUGAUAAAUUAAUUGAGAGUUGUUAAGUCUCAUUGAAUGCUUUGUAGAUUGCAGAUGCAGCCUAGAUCCAUUCAUCAGAGCACAAACUUAGAUUUUUAGCAUGGGUAUAGUUUGGAUAACGUAUGACAAUCUUACCAUGGUAAUGAUCAUUAGCUUGUGGUGACACGGAAGUGGGUUUUUUCACUAGUAGCACCAGUGUUCCUGGAGUGACCCCUGGUGAAAUACGAGAGGCCCCACCUGUAUGGGCUUCCAGGCAGCUUUUGAAAGCACUCCUGUUCACACAGGCAUUACGUUGAUCUCACCACCUGAGUCUCAUAAUUUAAUUGAUGUUUUGUUGGAAUGGGAUUGUUUCGUUGCAUAAUUUAAUGAAUGUUUUAAUGGGAUUGUUUUAUUGUGUGAUUUAAGAAUGGAUGUUUAUAUGUUAAUUAGUGUUAAUUUGUGUAAUUGGUCUUUGGAUUUAUAAACUGAUUAGUAUUUUGACAUUAAGCUGUAUAUAAAUGCAUAAAUAAUAACAAUAAGGCACUGUUGCUGCAUCAGUUUGUUGUGGUGGCGAUUAUUUAAAAAUGCAUAAUAUCAGACUGAAGAAAUGAGGGGCAGGAUGUUAGAAACUUGUGUGUGUUGCCAUGUAUGUUAUAAGAUUAUUCUUCAUUUAAGUAGUUCAUUCCACUCUUAUUUUCUGUGCUUUCUUGUAAAGCAGUGUUCCUUUUAAUUCUUUUGCAGUUUCUCUGCGUCAGUUAAGGCAAGCCUGUUUCCUUUAUUUCAAGCUUGGUGGCGAGUGCGUAUCUGGCCCAGUUGGAUUACUGUCUGUGUAAGUUGGAGAAAUGUUUAUAAAAUCCUUCUCAGGUUGUUGUUCAGAGCAGGACUCUCUUUGGAAACCAUGUGAAAGAGACCUUUCAUGAGUCCACUUAACCAGUGAGGCGUAGAGGGGCUGGGGAUCAAAUACUACUACUGCUACUACUAAAAUACAUACAAUACAUACAUACAUACAUACAUACAUACAUACAUACAUACAUACCCCGCCUAUUCGGCUGGGUUUCCCCAGCCACUCUGGGCAUCUCCCGACAGAAUAUUAAAAACACGAUAAAACAUCAAACAUUAAAAACUUCCCUAAACAGGGUUGCCUUCAGAUGUCUUCUAAAAAUCAGAGAGUUGUUUAUUUCCUUGACAUAUGAUGGGAGGGCAUUCCACAGGGCGGGCGCCACCACUGAGAAGGCCCUCUGCCUGGUUCCCUGUAAUGAGGGAACCGCCAGGAGGCCCUCGGAGCUGGACCUCAGUGUCAGGGUAGAACGGUGGGGGUGGAGACGCUCCUUCAGGUAUACUGGGCCGAAGCCGUUUAGGGCUUUCAAGGUCAGCACCAACACUUUGAAUUGUGCUUGGAAAUGUACUGGGAGCCAAUGUAGGGCUUUCAGGACCGGUGUUAUACGGUCUUGGCUACCACUCCCAGUCACCAGUCUAGCUGCUGCAUUCUGGAUUAGUUGUAGUUUCCAGGUCCACAAAGUUUUAUGAUCAGAUAACUUAAUACAAACAAGCUAAGCCAGGUGUCAUGUUCUCUCUCCCCACUCCAAAUAUUUAUUUUUAUUCAGGAACAUGGGAAGCUGCCUCAUCCCAGGCCAGGGUAUUUGUCCAUCUAGCUUAAUAGUAUUCUCAGCAGUUCUCCAGCGCCCUUAGGCAGAGCAGGGUCUUUUGCAUCACCUGCUACCUGAUUCUUUCUUACUUGCUUAUUCAGUUACCGUAUUUUUUGCUCCACAAGACGCACUUGACCAUAAGACGCACCUAGUUUUUAGAGGGCUAAAAGCAAGGAAAAAAAUACUGUGCGCAGAGCAUGUAAGUGGCUCUCGCUUUUCUUGCUUUAAAGCUUACAUGGCUUCUCUCCCGCUUUGCGCAGCUCUCACUUUGCUUGCCCAUCCCUCCUCCUGCCUCGCUGUAAAAGAGGAGGAGGAGACACCGGGACAGGUGCUUUUUAAAGGGAGCGCUGAGAAGAGCCUUCCGCCUGCAUUCGCUCCAUAAGACACACACACAUUUCCCUUUACUUUUUAGGAGGGAAAAAGUGCGUCUUAUGGAGUGAAAAAUAUGGUGAUUCAUUUUUGCCCUGCUUGUCAUCCAAAAACACUCCAGCAGCACUGUGCAGGAUUGAAUCCUCUUGCUUUCUGUUGGCAGGGAGGAGAGGCAGUGUCAGUGUCUCCUCCUUCCUCCUCUCCUCACAGUAUGUUUAAUUGGGGUCUUAAGAACUUAAGAACAUUAGCCCCAUCCCCAAAUGGAUCCAGGGUUGGCACUGGGGUGGAGUGUGUGGUCCCUGAGUAGGCACAGGGCAGAUUGGCUCGACACCUGCCUCAGGGUCAGAGGGGGAUUGUGUGCAGCUGGAACGGAAAAGCAGAUGGAACUAACCCAGUAGUGAAACAUUCAAUCUGUGUUAACACUAACCUUUUCAUAGGUAAGGUUGUGGGAGGGGGAGAAAUCAUAGAAUUGGAAGGGACCCUGAGGAUUAUCUAAUCCAACCUGCUAAGCAUAAAGUGGCCUUUCGAGAGGCUUUGUUACCCAACCAUUACAACGGAUUAGUAUUUUGUAAAAUCUAGUACAUUGCUCGUAAGGUGAAAUGCUUUUUUCAUCAUUUCCUUAAUCCUUCCCUGCAGCUUAUCACCCAAGCCUGUCGUCCUGAUUGGCCACUUCUUUGCUGUUGCCCUCUACGCCGUGUAUUUCUGCUUCAAGUCUGAGUCCUGGAUCACCAAGCCGCGAGCGAUCUUCAGCAGCGUUGCUGUGCUGUACCGGGCUUGCUCCGUGAUAUUUCCACUCAUAUACUCUGAAAUAAAGUACCUCACCUAUUAAAUUCGGAAAGACAAAUCCGCAGGAAAAGGAACGCAGUAGACUCCCUUCUCUCCUCUCACCCUCCAUUCUUGUGAAUGUGGGAGAGUUCUGUCCCAAAAAACCAGACUUCUACUCUCUCUUUCUCAAGAAAAGGACCAAGCUUCGUUUUGUGUUUUUUUGUACAGAGAGAGCCAGCCUCUGGAUGUGAGAUCUUCCUAUAAGGGGGAUCCCAAGUGUGUAUAAUCCCAUGAACCAAGAAGGUAAUAUUUCAGUAAAGAUCAGCCAAAUCUAUGGGGAGGGAGAGGUAAUUCCUACUGCUGUUUCUGGGCGUAGCUCUUCAGAGCCAAGGGAGUGCAAAUAACCAUCUGCCUGUUGAGCUUCCCAUCCCUCUGGCUGCUGGGGCCGUGGCUAAAUGCUACACAAAACUCUGUAGCACAUGCAAUCCUGCCAAUACAGGAGACAGGAUAGCCAGGAAUCAUUGUUCUCACUGAGGAGGUAAACCUGUGCCUUGGCUGCAUCACUUUAGACUGGAGAUCAAAAAUGGAAUGACCGAAUGCUCUUCCACACAACCCUUCCUCGAAAAUUAGCAAAUAAAUUGCCCUGCACAUAGAAAACUAGCACAUCAGGGUGAGAGCUAGGCUAGGUUUAUGGAUGCAUUUAUUUUUAAAACAAUAUGAAGGAACAAUGAAUCGCGUUGAACCCUCACCUGCAGCCCAGGCCCAGGUUUGCUUCCUUGGGAGCUGGUUCAUUCUUGGCGUUUGAUUCCUACAAUGAAUAAUGUGUAGUGCUAGCUAAGGCAGCCUCGCUGGUACUACUGCUAGUUCCUGAGGGUUUCUCGUGCCAGAACUAUACAAAUCUGAAUAAUUUAGUUACUAGUCACACAGACAAUGAAUAUGUGCGUGUAUGUAUGUAAAAAUAACAAACUCACAUACAAAAAAAUAUGUAAGUUUGAUUUCCUUAUACGGAUGAAGAUUCUAAAAGAGAUCGAUGUUUCCAGGGACCACUAUAAAAAUGUUCAGGACAGAAGCUAAAAUGCUGAUUCCAGCAGAAGAUAGUUGAUGGAUUGUUGAGCAUGCCCCAUUAAUGUUAAUUAAAAGCUAAUGAAGCAAGGGGUAGUUCAAACAGUUAACUCUUUCUUUUUGCUGCUAAUGUUAUCUGUACCUUUGACAUUUUCUAUCUUUUAUGUGAAAUGUCCCUCUAUGAUGAGAUAAAAUCCUAAUGUGUUUUAUUCAGCU